AUGCUCCGUCGCAGCGGGGUUCGUCUCGUGUACGAGCGCUUCGCAGGUCACAUCUCAGGGGACAAGGGCCACAUGACGCUGCAGCAGGCGUGCACCAUCUUUGGCUACCAGCUCGACGAGGAGUGGACCAAGAAGGAUAUCAAAAAGCGAUUUCAGAAACUGGCGCUCCAAUUUCACCCCGACAAGGGCGGCACUGAUGAGCAGUUCUUGGCGCUCAAGGAGGCACAGCACCUGCUGCUGACGCAUCGUCAUGACCGCAGCGCCGACUGGGCGGCAAAGGGGGCGAAGGGCGAGGGUGGUCACGGUGGAAUCAACUUCCGGCGCAUGAACUACGACAACCUCACAAAUACGAUUCAUCGGCAGACAGCCGACAACCCCGAAUGCCGCUCCUUCGGUCUGCAGGACUUCGCUGUCUUUCUGGUCUUCAUCACCGCGGCGGGGAUGUAUUACGUUUACAAGAUAUACACUACCCACAUGCACGUACUCCGCAGCCGCUGGAGCUACUCCGAGGACGCGAUUCGUGGAGACUACACGGGCAAAGCACCGUCUGAAGGGCUGUGGCAUCCGUGGAUGGCAGACGUGGAGACUCGCGACCGCAUGGACGACAUUGCUAUUCUUCAGGGUAGCGUCAAGCGAGCACUCAUCGAUGAGAAGCGAAAGGAAGCACCACCGGUGUACACACCAUGGCAGCUCGGUGGUCCUUUUGCGCGCCACACGGCCCCGACGCGGGCACCAGAGGUGCUGGAGGACGCACGUGCAUCUGCGAGCACUUAA